CACACUGGGAGAGAAAGAGAAAGAGAGAGAGAGAGGGGGACCUGUUGAUAUGCACAGCGAUGACUUACAGCAGCAUGGAUCAUACACUGGAUUAUAGCGCUUGGACUGGAUGACACUUACUUAUUUAUUGAAGUUUUGGAUUUCUUCUCUCUGGGUUUUCUAAAUGCUGUCACUGGGCAAAAUGCAGUCCAGAGCCAAGUCCCGGAGUUGUGACAACUACCUGAGUAUAAAAGACGCUGAGUCUUUGGACAACUGUAUCCAGAACACCUUGUCGGCCCUGUACCGCCCCUUCACUGCCACAGCCGCCACUGUCCUCUGGCAGCUCUUCAGCGUGGUGGAGAGACAGUACCGUGGAGACGGACUCCGCUGCCUUAUUGACUUCUUGCUUCCUGCCAAGAGGAUUCUGCAGAUCAUCCAACAAGAAACCUGCGUGAGGUUCAGGGGCUUGUUGUUCUAUCAUGAGGGGUGGCCGCUCUGCUUCCACGAGAAGGUCGUCCUGCAGCUUGCCCCACUGCACAAGGUCCGUCUAAAGCAAGGAGACUUCUACCUGCAGAUCGUUCCUUUGGGCCGCAAGACCGCCAAGCUCGUGAUAAAAUGUUUGUCAGCCAGUGGGCAGGCCAUCGCAGAGAUCCCCAUCACAGAGAGCAUGUAUGGCAGCGUCUUCACAGCUGAGUUCUUGCAGAAUGUGACCCGUGACCGAAACCUGCAACCACUACAGAACUGCCUGCUCACCACCGGUACCUCUGUGUACAGGACGCCGUGGAAGAACGUGGUCAACCCUCUGUUCGUCAGCAGCACUACGGACGCCAUCAUGCAAGCACGCUGCAGCAGGGUGGGCUUCCGCGGCCAACUCAGCACCUGCAGCACGAGCGGAUCCACGGGGACUCUGGACAGCCACCGCAGCUCCAGAGAGUCCCUGCACUCUCAGGGAGCUGACUCCAUCUUCUCUGAGCCCACCUCGCCGAGCAGAAACCACACGGACCCCAGCGGAGACGGCGUCAGUGCAGCGGACACUGCUACACCCAUCAUUAAGAUCGAAGGAUCCACUGAAGAGAGUGGGAUGGGACAGCGGGGUGAGGACACUGGGGGGAGAGGGAAAGGCUCCAAGAUGCUCUCUCCUAGCACGGACCUCAGUAACCCGAGUCCUCGACGUCGCCUCCCGAGGGAUUCUGUAGCUUUUGAAAGCAGGAGACUCUUCAGAAAAUCCUACAUGGAGGCCUUGCAGAACCCGAUGAGCCUGGGGUCCAGCUCCGAGUCGAUCCUGGAGGAAAGCCCUGAGCACAGCCCUGGGCUCAGAGAGAGAUCGGGGACAGCAGGCAGCAGCCCGGACACCCGCAUCUCCUCCAGAGAACACUUAGCGCGAAGGCUGGGUGGCCGAGGCUGGCUCGGUGGCGAUGACUCCAGGCCCAGCACACCUUUGCUUUACCUACAGAGGGGGUUACGGAGCGCAGAAAGACGAGCGGAUCGUCGAUCAAAGUCACUGGAGAGGACUAACAAGGCAGCACAGGUGAAAGGCCACCGGGAACGAUCCUCCUCCGGGGGUUCAGUCAACAUAUCACCCAAAAAGCUGAUGAACGGCUACACUCUUCGUUUUGGGAAGCUGGACGUGGAGGCAGCUCUUCCUGGUUCUGAGAGGAGAAGCAGCAAAGAGGAGUCAGGAGAGCGUGAUGACGGCAUCGGCAGUGAGAGCAGGCGGCACAGUGGUGAAGAGUCGCACAGUCCUAAAGCUGCCAAUGGGACGGCCGUUAGUCCGGCUUCAGCCUCCAGCUCAUCAUGUGACGGUCACUCAGUUCGGCCCAGGCUGGGGUCAGAGGUCAACCAGGAGCUGCUGGCAUCGGGCGCCGUGAUCCUGCCAGGAAACAGAGAUCGCGGUGGGCGGGCGGUGCUGCAGGUGUGCACGAGAGCUCAGGUGUGGGCAGGUGAGAGUUGCACGGUCAGUGACCUCACCUGUUUACUGGGCUACUACCACUCCACACUGCGGAAAGAGAGGCAGGAUCAAGGUCUGACUGUUGUAAUAGACAGCAGGAGGCAGCAGCCGGUCCCAGCUCUGUUGUCAUCUCUGUCUGAACUGCAGGCUUUAGUACCAAAUGCACUUUACUCGGUUCUCCUCCUGGGGGAAAAGGAGGCAGCAGCUAAACCUGAACGAGACCUCAACCUGCAGACUGAGACGCUGUCGUCUCUGAAGGCCCUGCUGAAGCACAUCGACCAAACCCAGCUCACACGAGACUUGGAGGGCACCUUCCACUACGACCACAACCACUGGAUCCACUUCAGACAGAAAAUUGAGCCGUUUGCCAGCAGUUGUAGCGCAGCCAUCACGUCCCUGCAGGAGUCGAUCUGCACCCUGAGCAGCAGCGGCCACAUGAAGACCUCAAAGGAGGUGUCCGAGGUGAUGGAACAGCAGAGGAGUCUCAUGAAGUGUGUCCUGGAGGACACGCGUCUGAACAGGCUGCGUCUCGAGGGAGGAACUGUCCUCGCCCGCAUCAGGAAAGAAGAGGCCUGUGAGAAUGAAAUCUACAGAGAUGCUGUAGACACGUUGAAUGCACUGUACAACCAAGUAGAUGAAGAGGUCCAUAAGCUGGUGAUCCUGUCCAACAAGUCUCAGAAAGAGUUAGAGAGUCUGCUGGAGGUGCGCAAGUUUGAGGAGCAAACGCAACAGAUCAAGCUCUGGUUCAGUGUGGAGGGAGAGAAGCAACUCGUACCUCUGGAGUCACUGACUCUGUCUGUGGCCAAAAUCAACGAGAUGAGAGAGAGCUUGGAGCAAUUUGUGUCUGAGUCUGUGCACCAACAGAGACAUGGCCUGAAGCUUGUGAAAGAGUCUCCAGAGUCUCUUCCAGGCUCAGCUCUCCUCGACUUCAAGCAGCAUCUGGGCUCCAUCCUGAGCAGAGUGGAGCGGAGGAAGACGCAGCUCGACAUCCUGACCAACCUGCACGAGUUCUAUGACUCAGCAAACCAGUGGAUGGACCACUGUCAGGAUUAUUCCCAUCACCUCAGCCUGGACACUGCAGGUGCCACUAUGUCUCCGUCUGUGGUGGAGAUCCUGCAGGAUUACUGCACCGAGGCAUCCAAGUUCUCCAUGGACAACUUCAGCAAUCUCAACGACAUGGUGCUCUCCCUGGAGAGUCCUCAGCAGCUGCAGAAGUGGAACACCGUGUGGCACCAGUGUCAGCAAACCAAACAGCAGCUGGAGGAGACUUUGGCCCGAGCCAAGGCGGCAGCGCGGACCUCCACGGCUGCAGUCACUGAGGCUCCUUCAAAGACUGAAGACAGUCCGAUCAGCACCACCGAGCCACGUGAAGCUAACGGUUGUGUGAUUUUACCUGGAGCGAUCACACUGUUGACUUUUGAGGAUAACAAGCCUCAUUCUGCCGGGCCGUUCUCCAAAAGCCCGUCCAGCUCCAUCUCCUCCUCCUCGCACUUCACGUUCUCGCCCGACAGCGACAGCAAACUGAGGCAGAGCCCGUCCAUGUUCGACGACACGGACAGCGACUGCACCAUCGACUCCACCAUCUCCUGCCACUCGGAGCCCGUCUACACAGGGGCCGCCCGCCUGCGCAAGCAGCCAAUGAAGAAGAUCAUGAAGAAGACCUUGAGCUACGAGCUGACGCCAAGGGACGGCAGCCACACAGAUGUGAGCCACAUUCACGGCUACACGGGCGUGUACAUCAAGGGUUUGGAGGUAGCAAAUAAUGUGUCAGCAGAGAAGAAGCUGCAGAGGCCGGAUGUGACGAGCCCUGCGUUAGGACGGAGCCGCAGCAUGUCCACGCCGUCCAGGGUUCAUACCAGACACAGUGAUGGAGACGGCAAGAAACAUAGCAGUAAAGUGCAGCACAUCAUGGAUGAGAUGAUCUCCACAGAGAGGGAGUACGUGCGCUCGCUCAGCUACAUCAUCGAGCACUACUUCCCCGAGAUGGAGCGGCUGGACCUGCCCCAGGACCUGCGGGGGAAGCGCAGCAUCAUCUUUGGCAACGUGGAGAAACUGUGGGACUUCCACAGUCGGUACUUCCUGAAGGAGCUGGAGUCGUGUGCUCACUCGCCGCUGUCCAUCAGCAGCUGUUUUCUCAGACACGAGGAUCAGUUUGGAAUGUAUGCGCUGUACAGCAAGAAUAAGCCCCAGUCUGACGCUCUGCUCAGCAGCCACGGCAACGAAUUCUUUAAGAAUAAGCAGCUGGAGCUGGAGGACAAGAUGGACCUGGCGUCCUACUUGCUGAAGCCCAUUCAGAGGAUGAGUAAAUACGCCCUGCUGCUGAAAGACCUGAUAAAGGAGUGCAGCCAGACCCAGGAGCAGGAGCUGAGUGACCUCCGCACCGCAGAGGAGCUGGUCAAGUUUCAGCUUCGCCACGGCAACGACCUACUGGCCAUGGACGCCAUUCGGGGCUGUGAUGUGAACCUAAAAGAACAGGGUCACCUCCGCUGCCAGGACGAGUUCAUAGUCUGGUGCGGACGCAGGAAAUACCUUCGCCAUGUCUUCUUGUUUGAAGAUCUCAUCCUUUUCAGCAAGACCAAAAAGAUCGAGGGAGGAUAUGACAUCUACAUAUACAAACAGUCCUUCAAAACUGCAGAGAUCGGUAUGACUGAAAACGUUGGUGACAGCGGCCUGCGUUUUGAGAUCUGGUUCCGUCGGAGGAAGUCACAGGACACGUUCAUACUUCAAGCCAGCUCCGCAGAGGUCAAGGCUGUGUGGACGGCCAUCAUCGGGAAGAUCCUGUGGAGGCAGGCACUCCGAAACAGAGAGGUGCGUAUGCAGGAGAUGGUUUCCAUGGGGAUCGGGAGCAAACCUUUCAUGGACAUCAAACCUAGUGACGCAGCGAUCAGUGACAGAUUCAUCGACUAUAUAAUGAAGGGGUCAGAGUCCAGGACGAGAGCUUCCAUCGCCGUGCCCUCGUUUGAACACUGCGCGUCCAUCAAGAGACCCCACUCCACCAUCUCCAACAGCAGCACCUCCUCCUCCAGCAGCCAGUCGUCCUCCUCGCUGCUGGGCUCGCUCAAUCUCCACCUGUGCACCUCACCCUCUCACUCACACCCGUACCCGAUGGCCAGUGUUCCCUCCUUUGCCCAGUGGCCCUACGACUGCAUAGAGGAGGACGAGCUGGAGCAGGACACUGGGAGUCAGCCCUCCAUGAUCACUGAGAGCUCAGAGACGUCGUCCCGGUGCACGUCCAGUGAAAGUGAAACAGGACUCGGUAGCCUCGGUGUUCCCGGGCACCCCGACGUCGUCUUAGACUCCUACAGCCACAACAAUAACAACAACGAGCCCCCCUCUUUCCUCUGCUCCUCCACACCUCCCUCCAUCAUCACGUCUCCCUCGAUAUUCCAGAAGGACGAGGACCUCCAGCCACAGGGCACCAAGUUCAUCACAGCAAGCAAGACAUCUCAUGUAGCAGUAGGCCUCUCUACUGUGGUCUGACUGAGAGUUUUAGCUGUGACGCCCUCACACAGAUCACUACUUGAUGCCACAAGCAGCUCGUAUAUAUAAAUAAAUAUAUAUACACAGAGUCCAGCUCCGCAGCACUGAGACUUUAAUGGAUGAAGCUCAGUUAUUACAAGACAUUUCAUGAUGAUACUGUAAAUUGGAAAUCAACACAUCAUGCACAUUGUCAUGAUGGUACGUCAGUGGUCUGUACAGUUGUGUUUAAUGCGCUAUAGAUAAGAAUCAGUGUUAAUAUUGUAGAUGAGUUUUUUAUUAUGUAUUUUACAAAAGAAAAAAAAAGUAGCAGGCAGAUCCACACAGACGAUGUUUUAUUGUCAUGUUUCUUUUGUCACCAGCUCUGUGUUAAGACCAGUUUGUACAGAUGAUUAA